AGCCAGCAGCUGAGAGGGUGAGGCACUCGGGGGUCUGGAGCUUCUCCAAGUUUUCAUCUCCCCCUGAAGACUGCGCUGAAGAGGGCACAGGUCUGGGGAACUGCUUCCAACCAGGUUCCUUGGGGGUUAAAGCCGAGGGCGCGCUUAAGACUGAGAGGGAUAAAAGAUUCUCUUAGGCUUCGUCCUCAGGUCUCAGGGGUCACGACAGCUAAAAUCGGGCGUCCACUUCCAGCGCUGGAUUCCCGCGGACGCUCUCUACUUGGUUCACCAGGGCCCGCGAAUCCUGCGCCUGGAAACUUCUCGCAAUUCGUUUGCUCAUCGCCCAGAGGCACAUCGCAGCCGGGAGGCACAGAAGGCCUGAGCUAGGGCUGGGAAAGAGACCCUCUAAAACCGACCUUCAGCGUGCAGAGGAUGCAGCCCUGAGCCCGGAGCAAAAGUGAAAAGCGAGAUGACAUCCCCUGAAUUGGGGCAAACAUUGGAGCCAGGGACAAAACUCUGCUCCUGGAGAAGAGUAGGGGAAACAAAACCCGUGUCCAGUGGGAAUUAAAAACCCGGGAGUUGAAGGUGGGGGCUGCUUCCCGCACCUCAACGCCAGUGCCCCCAACUAAGGAUUCCGAGCCCGUGGCACUCUUCUCCUUGAGCUCCUCCUUUCCUCUCCGCUUGGCCGCUGUCUCCAUUGGCCUGGGAAACCUACCCUGCCCCACCACGCAGAGCCAGGAAGGAAAGAGAGCCUCAUGCCUAAGCUGUGGGGAGCACCAUGGAUCUGACAAAGAUGGGCAUGAUCCAGCUGCAGAACCCCAGCCACCCCACGGGGCUCCUGUGCAAGGCCAACCAGAUGCGGCUGGCCGGGACGCUGUGUGAUGUGGUCAUCAUGGUGGACAGCCAGGAGUUCCACGCCCACCGGACUGUGCUGGCCUGCACCAGCAAGAUGUUUGAGAUCCUCUUCCACCGCAACAGCCAGCACUAUACUCUGGACUUCCUCUCCCCAAAGACUUUCCAGCAGAUUCUGGAGUAUGCGUACACGGCCACACUGCAAGCCAAGGCGGAGGACCUGGAUGACCUGCUGUACGCGGCCGAGAUCUUGGAGAUCGAGUACCUGGAGGAACAGUGCCUGAAGAUCCUGGAGACCAUCCAGGCCACAGAUGACAAUGACACAGAGGCCACCAUGGCAGACGGUGGGGCAGAGGAAGAGGAGGACCGCAAAGCUCGGUACCUCAAGAACAUCUUCAUCUCAAAGCAUUCCAGUGAGGAGAGUGGGUAUGCCAGCGUGGCUGCACACAGCCUCCCUGGGCCCGUGACAGACCAGAGCCCGUCAGUCUCCACCUCAUUUGGCCUUUCAGCCAUGAGUCCCACCAAGGCUGCAGUGGACAGUUUGAUGACCAUAGGACAGUCUCUCCUGCAGGGAACUCUUCAGCCGCCUGUAGGGCCCGAGGAGCCAACUCUGGCUGGGGGUGGGCGGCACCCUGGGGUGGCUGAGGUGAAGACGGAGAUGAUGCAGGUCGAUGAGGUGCCCGGCCAGGACAGCCCUGGGACAGCUGAGUCCAGCAUUUCGGGUGGGAUGGGGGACAGGGUUGAGGAAAGGGGCAAAGAGGGGCCCGGGACCCCAACGCGGAGCAGCGUCAUCACCAGUGCUAGGGAGCUGCAUUAUGGGCGUGAGGAGAGUGCUGAGCAGCUGCCACCCCCAGCUGAGGCUGGCCAGGGUCCCCCAGGCCGACCGGAACACCCGGUACCCACAGUAGAGAAACAUCUGGGCAUCUACUCUGUGUUGCCCAACCAUAAGGCUGACUCCGUGUUGAGUAUGCCGUCUUCAGUGUCCUCUGGCCUCCACGUGCAGCCCACUCUGGCCGUCUCCAUGGACUUCAGCACCUAUGGGGGUCUGCUGCCACAGGGCUUCAUCCAGAGGGAGCUGUUCAACAAGCUGGGUGAGCUGGCUGUGGGCAUGAAGUCGGAGAGCCGGACCAUCGGGGAGCAGUGCAGUGUGUGUGGGGUGGAGCUUCCUGACAACGAGGCUGUGGAGCAACACAGGAAGCUGCACAGUGGAAUGAAGACGUAUGGGUGUGAGCUCUGCGGAAAGCGGUUCCUGGAUAGUUUGCGACUGAGGAUGCACUUACUGGCUCAUUCAGCGGGUGCCAAAGCCUUUGUCUGUGAUCAGUGCGGUGCCCAGUUUUCGAAGGAGGAUGCCCUGGAGACGCAUAGACAGACCCAUACCGGCACGGACAUGGCUGUCUUCUGUCUGCUGUGUGGGAAGCGUUUCCAGGCGCAGAGUGCACUCCAGCAGCACAUGGAGGUCCACGCGGGUGUGCGUAGCUACAUCUGCAGUGAGUGCAACCGCACUUUCCCCAGCCACACCGCCCUCAAACGCCACCUUCGCUCACACACAGGCGACCACCCGUAUGAGUGUGAGUUCUGUGGCAGCUGCUUCCGGGAUGAAAGCACACUCAAGAGCCACAAACGCAUCCACACGGGCGAGAAACCCUACGAGUGCAAUGGCUGCGGCAAGAAGUUCAGCCUGAAGCACCAGCUGGAGACACACUAUAGGGUGCAUACAGGUGAGAAGCCCUUUGAGUGUAAGCUGUGUCACCAGCGCUCCCGGGACUACUCGGCCAUGAUCAAGCACCUGAGGACGCACAAUGGCGCCUCGCCCUACCAGUGCACCAUCUGCACGGAGUACUGCCCCAGCCUCUCCUCCAUGCAGAAGCACAUGAAGGGCCACAAGCCCGAGGAGAUCCCGCCUGACUGGAGGAUAGAGAAGACUUACCUCUACCUGUGCUACGUGUGAAGCCAGGCCAGGCAGGGCCAGAGAAGCGGGAUUGAGAAGAGAAGAGUUAGAGCAGGAUGAAGUCAAGGAAGGAUUGUGCGCGCGCGCGCACACACACACACACACACACACACAAAUAUAUAUAUAUAUAUAUAUGUAUAAGGAAAAAAAGAAGAAAAAGGAAACGUGAUAGAUGUCUAGCCUUGGAUUCUCUCUGGGGCUCCAGGUGACUUGGAUGCCUGGCUGGCCACAGCCCCUUCCUGGGGCCUCCACCCUCCUCUUCUGGCUGGAGGUUGACCUGAUUUUUUUGAGUGGGGUGGAAGUGGUUUUGUUCAGCUCAGAUGGUGGUAUGUGUAUCUCUUCCCUCCACCCAGACCCUCUUUUUAUGUCCAGAAAUAGAGGCCAGGGAAAAGGUGAAGGGUGUUCUGAUCAGAGCCAAACAGUUUCUGCCUCCUGUCCUCUCACUGACUCUCAGAAGAAGGAGGCUGGGGGCAGAAGGGGGGACCUCCAGAGGGUGGGGUCAGGCUGACACUCAAAGUGGCAGCUCUAGGUGGCUGGGGGGUGCAUUAGAGUAGGAAGGGCUCUCCCCUUCCCAUCACUCAGUUCAUCCAUUGUGUUCCUCUGCUCUUCCCCAUCUGGGUGUCCCCUCAUGGUCUUCAGGAGCCUCCCCCAGCACUUUGUCCAUGCCUCCCCUUGACCCCUGUCCUCCAAGCCCAGGGAGUGCCCAGCCCCUGUGGAUCGGGCAGGGUCUCCCUCCUCCGCCAGCUCCCUAGUCGGGAAGCUGUGUCUGACCCCAGAGCCCCACUCCCACCCUUAGCUUCUGAGAACACAAAACCAAUAGAAAAGCCCACUCUUGGAAAGCCCUGUCCUGAGCGAGAUUUCCUUGCCAAGCUGCUUUUGCUUCCCAGAUGGGAAAACCUAACUAAAUACAUGCGAUCCCACCACACAGAUAGACACAAAUCCCCACCACUCCGAGUUCAGUCCCUAGGAGAAGGAAUCUGCGAAAGGGCUCGUUGUCCAAGGGGAGGACGGGGAUGUCCUCCAGAGGUGCCCCCCACCUGGAAAAGGGGGCAUCUGCCCAGGAGUCAGGGUACUGGCCAAGGGAGGGCUCCGUGGAGUCACUCUGACAACCUUUGAAGCACCCAGACCUGGUGAGCUCAAUGGGAAACCCAGAUGGUCAGAGUGGCCCAGAAUUCUGGGCUCACAGUGCCCUCCCCCCAAUUCCACAGGGAGGAGGAAGAGGAAAAGUUGUUGAAAGCGCUUUGGCCUUGUGUUCUUUUCUGUGUCCCCAGUUCCCCUGUUAGCACAUUGUACUUGAAUUACCUCAGUUUUUUGUGACCUCAUGAGCUUUUGUAACCCCUGUAUCUCUUUUUUGGUUGGGGGUUGGAGGAAUGGGGAGGGUGUUCUUUUCUGUUUCUUGUGUAAAGUAAUAGUUGGUUUAAUACCCGUCAGCUGGCCAAGGCCCUCCCUGCCGGAGCACUGGAAGGAGCUGUACCGAAGGAAUGAGUGCUCAGGAUCUGAACGUGGGGGCCGGGUCAGCAGCAUUUGGGGGAAGAGUGGUAUAUUGGGGACCUUUGGAGUAACUGUUGGCUCUGCCCAGGGCAUGAGCUCAUCAUGGCCAGCAUCGGUUCAGCCUACAACACUCUGGACAAGAUCCCCCUUUCUGAUAAUUGGCUGGGUCAGUCAGGUCUGGGGGCCUGUGUUGCUCACAUCUUUUUGACUGUGUGGCCCCACCUUUGUGUGCAUUAUCAUUACCAAAAUUGGUCUAUUUUCCUGGCUGCUGUGUGCUGUGCCGGUCUUGGUUUUGUUGCUUUGGGAUGGUGGUGUUGUUUUUCUGAAAGCUACCUCUUACGUUUGUCCAGUUCUUUUGUCCCCUUUCUGCCUCUUGUUCUGCUGCUCUGCUCCCUUCUCCCCAGCCUCCCCGCCCUGAUUCUGGGAAAGCACAUUUGCAAUAUUUGUGUUCACUGUGGGAUGGCCCUCUGUUUCAUCUCAUGCUUUAUUUGUAGAAGUAUUUUUUCUUUCCUUUCUCUCUGAGAAAGUUGUGGCUGCGUUUUUAUCUUAGGUUUUAAGAAAGUGGUUUAGGGAAGUGGUUUGGGGGAGAAGGGUUAUGAGGAAUAUAGGGAAGUCAGAGGGAUGGGUGCUGCUGUGACCGCCCCCCACCCCAUCCCUCGGCCCCAUCCCUCCUGCCUGCCCUGCAGUCUUGCCCACCAAAUCUGAAGGCCUUAAAAACUGUGUUGGGGGUAUAUUAAUUGGGGGGACUGUGUCGCUAGACUGUUGAUUGGGGGUGAUAAAGUAGGGAGGAUGCUAUUUUGCAAUUAUAAUAAUGACUUAGUGCUUUGGAAAGGAAAAAACAGUUAAACUUGAAAUAUGUGACUAGAGCAGUUGUUGUGUUUAUAAUGUGAAAAGUGAAAUCUUUAGGGGGAGGAGCCAUCUGUAAGAAAUCAUUAUGCACUAUUGUUUCCUCCCCCGACCUGGGAAGAACCGGGGACUGGCUGGCCCUCAGGGGAUCUGUAAAUCCCAGAAAACAGUACUUUAACAGCAAGAUGUCACUCAACUUUGGUGGGGAAGGGGGUCAGGGAAUCAAACUAUUCCGUAGACCUAGCUGACACCUCUCCCUGUUCCCGGACCCUUCCCCUGCAGCCCAGGUCUCCUCCCCUGCUCAUCAAAGCUGAGAGGGUUGAGCUAAUCUUUAGAAAUUGUAAUAUUUUUGUAACGUUUGUUAGUUCCUGUGUCAGUUCUACAGGACCUUGCCCUUUCAUUUUGUAAUGUGAAUAGGAAAAAAACAAAAAAGACAAAAAAAUACCUACCACCACCCACAGGAAGAUGCCCCUUUGUGUGUGUGUAUGCGUGUGUACUAUUCGUGUGCUGUUGUGUGUUAAAUCAUGCAGUAUUGUUGUAGUCAGCUGUUGCAGCAUUGGAUGGUACUAAAUCAGCACCUGUCUGUCCCUACUGUCCCUGAGGGAAUCCUAGCAGGGAGGCGGGAGAGAAGGUCAGGAUGCAGUUUCUGAAGGAUACUGGAGGGGAGACUUCUUAUAUCUAUACUUGCUUUAUUCUCCCCUGCGCCCCCAUGAAGCCUCAGGCACCCUGAAUAGAGGCCAACAUGCCUCUUUUUCAGCUUCCUACUCACAAAUACAAUUCUGACCUUGCCAAGGCCUUCUUGGCCAGGCCUAAUGGCCACGGUGAGGGUCAGAAAUUAUCUGGAGGCUUUAGAUGUGUCUGGAUAAAAGGGGCUGGGGAGACGAGGAGGGUAGAGGCUGCCCUCCCCGCAGGUGAAAUCUGAGUGGUUUUACUCCCCUCUUCCUGCCAUCUGACCCCUGGGCUACCCCACUGCCUUUAGCUGUGGUACUGCUGACAACCCUACUCACUACUGCCUUAUCCAGCAUUUCAAAAUGUCUCCUGUCUGUGUCCCUUGAUUCUUUUGGUGACAUUUACUCCUCACUCAUGUGCUUUUUCCCUAUUCACUCCUUCACUCAUUCAAAGCAUUAAAAUCCUAUGUGUGUAUAUAGGAUAGACAGAUUUUUUAUAUAUAUAUAUAUAGUGAGAUAUAUAUAUAUAGCAAGAGAGAUAUAAAAUAGUAAUUAUCAUUGCUGCUUUGGAGGAGGCCACGGAUAUGAGGAAGGUAGAUCUGGGGUGCCGGGGUGGGUAGGGAAGCUGGGGGACCCAGUGAUUCAGUACAAUCCAGGGAUGCAAUGUGGGCUUGUUUAAUCUUUGUGCCUGACCAGUUUUCCAUGUUUAGGAAAAAAAAACAAACUGCUGCAGUUUUUCACAGGUGUAUGGUACCUACCCUUCAGGAUGCUGUUGGUACAGCCACCUGCCGGGUGUUGAGGCCUGGGAGGGAGAAGGCCCUUUGGGUUACCUCCUUCCAGGGGAGUGAGCAGCCGUGGGGGUGGCCUCUGGACUCUACCUGUGAUGGAGGACAAGGGGCAGAUUUGUGGCCAGUUCCUUGCAAGCCCAAUAAGAGUGAAAGCUGGGGGCACCGGAUGUAAAACAGAAAAGCAGGAAAAGAUCAGACUGUUUGUUCAUUUUUCCUGGGCCUAUGUUACAUUUUUUUUCUCCCCUCCCAUCUUGUUUCCUCUUUCCUGGAGCUUCAUGGUGGCACUUACCUGGGUAUUUCAGUAGGCGGUAAAAAAGCCCGACUAGCCCUUCACAGAGAAACUGAUGGGUGGAGGGAAAAGGCAGAGCCGGCCGGGAGAGGGGUGGGAGACAGACCAGGGAGGUUGGAGGUGGAUGUUGGUGGGGAAGGGGAGGGGAAAAGGGGGAUGGGCCCUACAGGCCUGUUAGCCAGCAGUGCUGCCUCCCUGAGUCCUUGGCGUCCCACUUGUAGACAGGGUACCUGCCUCCUGGUGUGUGUCCUAGAAUUUGUCCACAUAGUGUUAUGCAUGAUCUUUGUAAGGUUAAGAAGCUGUGGUGGUGCACCCUGACAUCCGACCCAUAUAUAUAAAGAUAAAAAAAGUAUAUAUAUAUAUAUAUGUAUGUAAAUUAUAGCACUGAGGGCCUUGCUGCCCUGCUGGACCAAGCAAACUAAGCCUAUUGGUUUGGGUAUUUUAUUUUGUUUUGUUACUUGUUUUUGUGGCUUGUCUUACGUUGUGACAGCACAAGUGCCAGUCCGGUUGCUCUGUAUUACAGACAGUGUUUUUAAUUAAUUGAUGUUCUAGUUCAUGUCUACCUCAGCACCUCCUCUUAGCCUAAUUUUAGGAGGUUGCCCAAUUUUGUUUCUUCAAUUUUACUGGUUACUUUUUUGUACAAAUUCUCUCUCUCUCUCUCUCUCUCUCUCUCUCUCUCUCACACCCUCGCCCCUCUCCCCACUCUGUCCCUCUUCCCCUUCCCCCUUCUCAUGUCUGUUUGUUCCUUUUUCUCUCCCCCCCCCCCCCCCCCGUCACCCUCUCCUGUCCGUGACACAGCCCGGUGACCCUCAAGUUGUGCUUGCCAGUCCUAUCUGUCCUGGUCCCCAAGCAAUUCCCUCAAAGUUGUACGGUCCUGAUUGCAGCUUUCUGCAUCUGCCUUCGUUUCGUGUAGAUUGAUGCGUUUCUUUGUAAUUUCAGUGUUCUGACAAGAUUUAAAAAGAAAAAAAAAAGUAAAAAUGAAUUUACUGCUGCAGGUUUUUUUCUCCAUGUGUCACUAAGUGAAGUUUGUGCCUUCUAUAGCAAAGAGAAUAUUUUUUACAUCCUACUAACAGUAGAUUUUUUUGUAGUGAACAUUUUUUGUAUUUUUAUUUAUAAGUCUCAUAAGAAAAAUAGCAAUGUUCAGUUGUAUACCUUGAAUCUGCAGUUAGAAGAGAAUAAAGUUAAUUCAGUUGUCUCUGGCUUGAAGUGUCCCCAUUUUUAAAACCUGGUUUGUCUCUUCUGCCUUUUCUUGGGUGGGGAACACCCUAGAGGAACUGGGAUUUCUGUCUGGGGAGGGGGAAGAGAAAGCUGUGGAUUACACACAGUCAGCCUUAUUAUGUGUUACUUUUAUGCCAUAUUUACCAGGCACACACCCACUCCAUGACGUAUUUUUCUAGUCUUAAAAAAAAAAUAGUGUUGGCCCUUGACGAGGUAUCUUGGUUAGUUAGAGUAUCAUCUUAAUACACCAAGGUUGUGGGUUCAAUCCCCGGUCAGGGCACAUACAAGAAUCAACCAAUGAAUGCAUAGGGAAAUGGAACAGCAGGUUGAUACUUCUGUCUGUCUGUCUCUCUCACAUGCACAUGGACAUGCACAUACAAAUCAAUAAAAUUUUUAAAAGAUUUUAUUUUUUAGAGAAGGGGGAAAGGAGGGAGAAAGAGGGAGAGAAAUAUCAGUGUGUGUUUGCCUCUUGCACAACCCCCUGCUGGGGACCUGGCCUUCCCAGGCACGUGCCCUGAUGGGGAAUCGAACUAGCAACCUUUUGGAUCACAGGCCAACAUUCAGUCUACUGAGCCAUACCAGCCAGGGCGUAAAGUCAAUAAAAAUUGUUUGAUAGUGUUACAUACAGUACUAUCAUUUGGUCCUUGGUACAAUACAAUGCAUGAAGUAGGCACUGGUUCAUUUAUUCCUUUAACACAGGUAUUCAUUAAGUUGGACCAGUUACUGGUGGAGGCCUUGGACACACAACUGGGACAAAACAGAUGGACCCCUCCCCUCAGGAGGGUGACAUUCUAGUUAGCCACUAAGUCAAAAUCUGUUUCCUUAGGUUAUUACUUGCUGGGGAUCACACAGCUGGUAAGUAGGAGAGUCAGAGCUUGUAACCAAAUCUGAUGCCAAAUUAGAUUAGUUUUCCCAGGACUCCAACCAGAGGCAAGGCUGUCUUCUGUCUGGUAUUUAUUAAUAGAGACAUUUUUAACUUUUUAGCUUAAGCAAGCUUCAGAAAUUAGUCAACAAAAAGCUGCCACCCAGUUUAAGGUCCCUGGGUCAGUGGCAGCCAAACUCUGGAGAAAGGAGAUUGGAACAGGUGGGAGGUGGAGGCGCAUGCCCAGUGUCGCCAUUAGGAGAACGCAGCACUCACACAGACCUCGGUGGGCACCGUUCCCUCCCAUCUCCUCUCCUGUCUCUGGGCCAAGGCUUCCUCUCUAGGCCUUUCUUCUUUCCUCUCACUGUGGAUGUGGGCUUUGCUCUGGUUGUCUGGAGUUGGAAAACCAAUUCCACCCAAUCCCAGAUGUGCUGGCUCAGUGCCUCUGUCCGAAGCCAUCCUGCCUGCCCUGCUCUGACCAAAGUAAUCCAUCUGCUCACUAAUACCUGGGGGCACAGCUCUGAUGGCUGCAGGGGCCUUCCUAGGGUGGUAAACAAGGCUCAAGGGCUAGCCUGACCUGCGUUACUGGAAGUCACAGGGAGCCAUGGCUCAGCACCCUUGUUGACAUGGCAGCCUGUGAGGAAAGGCCCGUUCUUUGCCUCCCCUGCCUGCGCUGGGCAUGGACUGGAAGAGCAGCCUUUCAGCCUCCUCGGUCCCUGAGGGGCUGAGGUCCAGGGUCUGCAGGGCCCUGGGGUCCCUGAGUGGAGAACUACCUGCGGCUAGGCCUACCGCCCUGGAAGCCCUUUCCCAGGAGCAGCAUAUCAGGGCACACUCCCAGCCCCUCUAAUCCUGCUGGCUUUUCUGUCUUGUCUUUCCUUUUCUCCUCUCUUCUCUUUAAUUUUUCCUUCCCUUCAUCUCUCUUUUUUCCUUUCACCUCAUCUUUCUUCUCUCUCCAUUCCUGUCUCCUCUCUCAUUAUUUGUUUUUGUCUUUUCCUUUGUGUCUCUGUCCCACAUUCUUGUUUUCUCUCCCCAUAUUUCUCAUCUUGGAAAACUGUCCGCCAAAAUUAAAUUUGGUUUGAUUUUGAGCCUCUGUCUCCAUUCCUCCAAGCCAGCCAGCUAUCCAUCCAUCCAUCCAUCCCCUUUCUUCUCUGGGUCCUACUCAUUCCCCAGGCCUCACACCUCCUCCUCCGUGGGUCUCCCUUCUACUAUAGGCCUCUCCACCCCUCCCCCACGUCCCCUCCCCACUCAGGCC